UUUCAAAUAUGGCAACUCUCGUAUCAUUUCUAAUUUUUUACAAGUUGACAGACUAAUUGCAUCUAAAGCAAAGAAUUUAAGUUGAAAAAAUGCUUACCCCGGCGUUUAAUGUCGAGGAUUUGACACAUUUAAGCUAUACGCGCUCCAAAAUGUGGGCUGCUUUUUUGGAAAAACUUAUGAAAAAUGAAGACGGAAAAGAAAUAAAUCUUGUUGAUAUUGAAAAUGAAUUUAAAAGUGACGUGGGGUCGAAUUCCGGUGAAGAUUGCGCAUCUAUUGAAGAUAAGGACGCCACUAAUAAAGAAAUAGAACCGGAAGUAUUAAAUAAUAUGACCAAUUGCAGCCGUCUGAGGAUGAUCUUCAAUAAGAGCGGACGCUUUCCAGAAGUUUCCAUUCAAGAUGAUGGCUCUGAUAAUGAAGAUAGACACUUAUUGGUGGACUUUGUUAAUCAAACAUUGCCUAUUGUCAGCGAGCAUAAUCGUCAAAUGAAAGAGUCUGGUCUUGAGCAAAUCCUGAAUACCUUUGAUACUCAAAAAAUCGAAGAGAAAGUUGGAAGUUGGUUAAAAAAUUACAAUAUGGCUAAGGAGAAUUUUAAAGAACUUCAUGAUGCAACUGCCGUUUUGCCAAAAGGCGGCAAGGUAGUGGAUCCAGAAACAGAUUUAGAUUCUUUGCAUUCGGGUGAGACAGCUCGUUACAUACGGUCUAGUCGACCUCGGCGCGUUAAAAGCGUCUCCAGUUCCACUAUGAUGAUUAAAACAUAUUGUAGAGUAGAAAGCACACGAAAAAAAUUACAUGAAAAAUACGGUUGCCAUCAAGAAUUUUACGAAUCGCAUUUAAAAGCUAUCAGAACUCGACGAAUGAUGAAAAUGGCCAAUUAUCGCGCUCAUUGUCUUGAUGAACCAAGGUCGAUGGCAGCAAAACGUCAUAAAGUACUCCGCCGUAAGCGUAAUCGCGGUAGAGAACGAUCACUCUCUUCCGAUUCUGAUGCUGACUGCAAAAAACCUCAUCAUUUUCGGUCCAAAAUAGUAAGCCCCUAUAAAAAAUGCUGUAUGCUAUUCACGCCAACUAGAUGUCGUGCGCAGAGCCAUAAUUAUCAGUGCCAAUUAUCUCAUGUUGGCUGCAAUCACCGACUUAUAGAAUGUAUUGCGAAUUCGUCAUCGUCAUCAUCAGGCACCCCAACGAAUUCAAAGCGUAAAAGUAAACGACGCUUGAACCAAACCAGCAAACUUUACCUGGAUCCUAAACCCAAUAAAAGAGAAUGCGACAAUAAUUGCUACAGCCGUUUCAAAUUGUGCACAAAGUACAAGAAUUUAACCGAUACUUCUAUUGAGGAGUGGUUUGUAGAAAAUUAUUCGCCAAAGAAAUCAACCAAGAGAGAUGAGAAAUUAAAAAAUGAAAAACCUGAAAUAUCCGCGAAAAAGUGUGAACACAAGAAGGAGAAAGAGUAUUGUAAUGCAAAGCAAAAAGUUGACGGUAAGAAUGCAACUAAAGCGAUUCCAUCAAAUAGUUCGGUUUCGGAAAAAUCGAAAGAGCUUGCGAAUUAUGAUAGUGACGAAAGUUCCAUGACAGAUGAUGACUUGCCAUCCAAAAUAUUUCUUGCAGAAAAAGAACAAAAAUGCAUAAAACUGAAGCCGACCAAAUGUUCAGAAAACACUCUCCCAACGAAAAUUUCGAACGCAAGCACGCUUAAAUUAAAAAACAGACAAAGACCCAUAGCAAUGAAUACAUCUAAAGAAGAAGGGGCAGCAGCAGAAGCACCUAAUAUGUUUACAAACUAUAGUGGGAAUUUCACCUCUCAGAACCAUUCCAAUAUUUCCAUAACAAGUGUCAAUUUUGCGAAAGCGCAAUGUGUUUACAAUUCCACAGCCAUAAAGGAAUCAAAUAAUAUCGCUAGAAAGAGACAAUUUACAACUGAUUACAAUGCAGCGAAUUCUAUGGAAGAAACAUCGGCUAAUAAUAAUAAUAAUAUCCCCAAGAAACAGAGAAUGCCAAAGACAAUAGCUGUUUCCUCCACGUCGAAAUCGUCGCCUUGCGAAAAAGUGGAUUCGUCAACCAUCUCUCGUCGUCACAAGUCGUCCUGCCUACCAGAGUACAGCUCUGAAGAAAGUGAAUGCGCCGUCGUAUCUUCCACAACUACUUUUGGUAAUGAACCGGGAAAGGAAACUGCUAUCAAUAAUACCAAAGGCAUACUGAUCUACGCACCAUGUCAACGUUCUUUAAAAAGUCAAUCUGAUAGCAAAUUUUUCGACGUAACUCAAGAACACUUGAGUUCAAUUAUAGGCGAAAGAGCGGCUGAGAAUUUUUUUAAAUAUAGCGGUCGACGACGAUUUAGUAGUAAAUCUAAAGUUUACUUUAAACCACCGCCUGCAGAAAUUUCGCCACCUGAUAGUGAUGAUGAUGUUUUCGACUGCUUUGAUAAAUGCGGAGAUCUUUAUGAAUCUUUUAGUCAUAAUAGCAACGAUAAGUAGAAGGGAUAAGUGAAUUUCUCGUUGACAUACCUUUAGACCUUUUUAUUGAAAUGCAUUUACUUUUGUUUUAUUUUAGCUACUUGUACAUGCAAUUCAACUAAACAAAAUUAACAGUCGAAUUCAAAAACAUCUUAAAAGUGAAUCUUGUACUAAUUGUUUUAAAAACUAGUAUAAAUUAUAAAGGAAGAUAUGA